GUGACUGGAGUAGUUUCUCAAAGGUGUUGUUGCAGUAUGGCCGAGCAAGCGGCGACAGGGAACAGUGGGGCGGUGCAGAGGUUUCUGUCUGUUGUUGGUGCUGACAGUAUGGUCAGCAGUGUGUGGGGCUACGUGGACACCACAAUAAAGUGGUGCUGGAUCCCUAACUGGCUGCCGUCAUGGUGCCCCACCUCUCAGAUUCAGCUACAGACUGCAGAGACAAAGAUGCUGCGCUGCGUCGACGGCACGUUCUCCAAACAGUUUGUCCCCAUCUCAAACGCAAACCGUCUGUGGACCCUGACUAUAGGCAGUGACCAUGCCAAACACAGAACCCCCAUAGUUCUGCUUCAUGGGUUUGGAGGGGGCGUUGGUCUUUGGGCUCACAACCUGGACGCUCUCUCCCAGCGCGGACCCGUCUACGCCCUGGACCUGCUGGGCUUCGGACAGAGCAGCAGGCCUCAGUUCUCAGCAGACAGCCAGGAGGCAGAGGAGCAGUUUGUGGAGUCUAUAGAGCAGUGGAGGGCUAAAACGGGUCUGGGGUCCAUGAUACUGCUGGGGCACAACCUGGGCGGAUACCUGGCUGUGUCGUACUCUAUCAAAUAUCCACACAGAGUUAAGCUCAUCCUGCUGGUGGAGCCCUGGGGAUUCCCUAAGCGACCCGACACAGAAGAGGCCGACCGUCCCAUCCCCGUGUGGAUCAAAGCCCUGGGGGCCAUGUUCAGUCCCUUCAACCCCCUGGCUGGCCUGAGAUUGGUCGGACCGCUCGGUCCCACCCUGGUUCAGACUCUGAGACCCGACUUCAAGAAGAAGUUCUCCUCCAUGUUCACUGAUAACACUGUAUCUGAGUACAUCUACCACCUGAACGUGCAAACCCCCAGUGGGGAAACAGCUUUUAAGAAUAUGUGCGUCCCCUACGGCUGGGCCAAAAGGCCGAUGCUGCAGCGGAUGGACAAGCUUCAUCCAGACAUCCCCCUCACCAUCAUCUACGGCUCACGCUCCAGCAUAGACAGCAACUCAGGCAGCACCAUCAAAGAGAUGAGGCCCAGCUCCCAAGUGGAGAUCAUAACGAUCCGUGGAGCCGGGCACUAUGUGUACGCCGACCAGCCCGAGGACUUCAACCGCAGAGUUUUGCAAGUGUGCCAAAAGUUGAACUGAACCCGAGUCCGGGGUUCUGAACUCAAGAGAAAAAAAGGGGAGCAGGACUUACAGACAUCACUUUAGCAUGCAGCUCAUGCAAGAAUGAGAAGCACAUAAAGACUUUGGAAAGAAGCAGAAUUAUGUGAUUGUGGCUCAUCCUUAUACGCUGAUGUUCACAUGUUAUGUCAUCGCAGAGUCAGUGAUUUUCCGUGUAACUCGGAGAAUAAGGACUCUGGGCUGGCGACAUCAAUAAGCCCCCUUUUUAACGCGAUUGAGUGAUUUAUUCUAACUUGAUCAAAUAGUGCCUGUGGGCCUGCGUCACACGCUCCUUUUACAUUACAGCUGCAGCACGCACAUAGAGUCGAUGGUACUGCAGCCUCUUCAACACUUGAUUGAAGCAUUCGUUAUACUGGCUUUUCUCACAAUCGCCUCUCUCAAAUGCAGUCAAGAAAAGAGGUAUAUUCAGAUAUUCUGCAGAACACACAGCCACAAAGCCUCAGUGUUCUGUGAAAGUACAGCAUCGUUCAUAUGCAGCCUGAGUUGAAGUAGCUCCAAAUCAGCAACAAACGUGUGUUUUUUGCAAACUAGUUUGCUCUUUGUAAUUAGCCUCACUAGAGGACAACCCAAAUUCCUAAACAGUUUGGGACGUUGAGUAAGGCCCCAUGUCCACCUAGCGUUAUUUUUAUGAGCACCAGCAUCGUUUUAAAAUUGUUUUCAAUGAGGAGAGAACAGUUGCAGCAGAAAGCGGUUGCCUGGAGUAAAAGCGCAUCACCCAGCGUCUUUCCCCCCCGAGAGCUGUUUACGUUAGCGGCGCUCUUUUCCAAAUGUAUCAUGUUCCCUUUAGUUUUGCCAUCUGCAGAUCGUGGCAUGUACCCAAAUCCUCCUCGCUCCUAUGUCUGAUGAUCUAAAUAAAAAAAAAACAUGCAGUAAAAAGUGAAAGAGCUGUGUCGGUCAUACAGCGACAGGACAGACGCUUUUCUUUCUUUUCUCAGCGCACAAACGCUUCAUGCUAGCGCUCCCUAAAGGCACAGCAAGAGCCCGGUAAAAACAUAAGGUGGGCCUUGAAGUAUAGAUAAAAAGACAAUGUGAUGAUUUUCAUAAGAUUAAAACCCAACAUUUGAUUGAAAUUAGCAAAUAGGCAACAUAUGACAUUUUCAAUCAAAUUGAAAAUAGAUUUUAAAGCAUUCAUUUUUCCCACUUGUGACAUGUUUUUUUUUUUUUGCUAUUUUCAGUCAAGUAUUAGACUUCAAAGUUUUGCAAAUCCUCACAUUCUGUUUCUUUUUUUACAUCUUAUUCGACGUCCCAGCAUUUCUGGAAUCAGGGUUGUAUUUUCAGACAUGCGAUAUUGCUAUCAUAUUUAGUCUUUCUGUAACAGAGUCGGUGUGGCUGCAGUCAGAAGGUUUGGUAACAGUGUCAUGUGUUGAGUAUUUCCUGUGCUAAGCUGUUCUGUGGUUUUUUCAUUUGGUUUCUGAUACAGACAGGACGUGUACUCUUUAGGACAUCACUGAAUCAGCACCACGAGGCGGUUUUAAAUUGAUCUGCAGCCAAUAAUCAACUUUUACAGGCUGUCCUCUGUGCUUGUUGGUAUUUUUCUGUUUUAUUUUUUACUAGAAAGAUUUCAGAUGCAUUCAUUUAGAAAAUGCUCCAACAUCAGCUCUAGUCAGAUCAGUGUGUGCCGGUGUGGGGGUCUAGGAGGCAAGCCAUGUUGUUAAAAAAAAAAACUGCUGACUCUAUAAAGACAGUUUAUACCUAUACGAGCGUUUGGACCAACGAGUCUGUUGGGACCCUGACAAGCAAAAUUCACUCUGUGCCCUCCAACCAGCAUUCAUCAACAUUAUGAUAAAUAAUAACCUGACACCAGCGACUUUAAGUUUCAUAGGAAUAUUGGAACGCUGCUCAUGCAACUGCUCGUGGGGAGUGGGGGGGGGCCUACUGGCCAGGCGCCCAGUCUGCUUGACUGUUGCCAAGCGGCGCCUCUGGUUUGGACAUAUUUAAAACAUCAAUAUAUGAGUAAAAAAGAACACACUGGCCGGCAGAGAAGAGUAUGAAGCAGAUUUAUUACAUGUAUGACAAUCACACCUGUCGAUGGUUGUGUGAUAUAAACAUCAUCACCCAUGCCCUCCUUCACAGUGACUGUUCAGGCGUCAAAAUGCAGCUCACCCUGAACAUUUCAGGAGUUUUGUGCAUGUGUGAGAGUCAAACUAUUGUCAAUAUCUAAACAUAUAAACUAAUGAUUUCAUUCUUUGUAGAGGCCUGACAUAUAUAUUUAUAGUUGCUUUUUUUAACAGUCUUUGUUUGACUCAAAUACAAUAGAUGUGUUCUUGUGUGACGGUGUGUCAGCACUAUGUUGUGUCGUAGAUUUUCUCCCGUGAAAUGCUAAUCAGUGCAGUAUUAUUACAACAAUGAGCAUUUCCAUAAGAUAAGACUUUGUUCAUGUACAUGUCAAGAUUUGUGUCCCCUGUCCAGCAAAAGUACUAAAGACCUGAAUAAUGGAAAGCAAGUAUUCAUUCUGGUUGCAGUGUUCUCACUGGUCUAAAAUGUUUUUGCGCCUGUGCUUAUCACUAAUGCACUUUAAUGCAAGGGGGGCUGAAAGGGGAGUAGUUGAAAUGAUGAAUCAUAGUUCAUUUUAAUUUAUUUUUUCAUGUCCCGAGAUCCAAAUGAUACUUUACAAUUUGUUGUCCUCUUGGUAAAUUUGUCUUGGACUGCCAUAAAUAAAUCCUUUGAAAGACUCUUCUUUAGCCUUGAAAAAACAAUUUUCCCCAAAAUGUUUUACAGGAAAUAAAUUUCAGAGCAAUGCAGACCAAA